CAUUAGCAACCGACCGUCUUCUUCAUUUGUUCUCACACUUUAUCGCUUACGAGACCAAACUUUUUUAUAUUACUCAAGACGAGAGUGCCCAACCCAGAGACGGGGAGAUUAUUUUAGAUGAACCUUCGAUUUCCAGGUCGUGAUUCGGAGGCGGAAGUUGUUGGUGUACCCUGUAUACGUAGUUCAUAUAUACACUGACAUGCAAGUGGCAAAGCCAGAGCCUUCGGCGCCGGUCUCCUGGCCAACAUUUGAAAACGGAGAAGACUAUUAUCAUUAUUUGAAGUGUCAGGUACUAGAAGAGCAACGCGAAUUUUUAUGUAAACAUUUAAGACACGAUCGUUACUUCGCAUAUCUUCGAUCGCAGCGAGUUCUGGAUGCAGAUAUGUGUGAAGAGAUUGAACUACCCCGAAAACACGCCGCUCAAGUGAAUAAAUUUGUGGACUGCUUAAUAAAUCAAGGCGGGCCCCAUGCUUUUGAUCAUUUUAUUGAGUCGCUGAAGAAACGGGGGACCGAGGGAGAGUGGUUUAUUAUACGCCAACUGGUGAAAGGUUUUGAGCAAGUAAAAGCCAGCUCAAAAGCUGUACUUUUGCCGCCAAAAGAUGACGACAAAGACGACGAAGAUGCCCACCCACCACCAAUUCCUGGUAGUCCAGGAGGGCCUAUUCUACCAAUACUGAGUCUGACUAACGACACAGAAACCCCACCCAAGUAUCUGCACUUUAAUCCAAACCCAACAUAUUUUCACGACUAUAAUCAUCAACCGCCGUCUUAAUAUAUCAGAUAAUGACAGUUCGAAUGUAGAACUUGGAACUUCGGAUGUUAAAGAGUGUAAAUACGUCAGAUAUUCAUGUAAAUGGACGUGGUCAAGUUCAGGAGUCUGUCCUGUACAAAACGGCAAUUAUGUUUCGAAUAAAUCCACGUACAAGCAAGAUCAACAACUAUUUCCUUUAUGAUCACGUCUUAAUAAGAAUAAAAUUUGUGUAAUCUAUGUAAUUAUAUUUAAAAAUAGAGAAAUAAAAAUAUGUACUAUCAGUAUAA